GGGAGACAGAGAGCUGAAGGCAGAAGGGCUGAGGCUGAGCAUCCUCCUCACGUUGUGUGAGGGCUACAGCUGGAAUAGGAAGACUAAGGGGAUAAACACGCGGACAUUUUCGUGCGCCACCACCUCGAUAAGAAACAGAACACACGCCGAGCAGGAGUCGACAAUCGCCCCCCUCCGGCUGGCGAACGGACAAGGAACCUGCACAUGUCUGCACGUUGGUGAGCACGGGAAGCGAACCCCCGCCCUACUGCCCGGAGACGCGACUCAGCGGGAGACGGUGGUCGGUGAAGGACCACGGGGAACCCCAAAAAAAGGAAGGACAUUGGCGAAGAAGAAGAAGGAGCAAGAAAAAAAAAGAGAGCGAGAGUGUCGGUGAUAUAGCAGAGCCGCGAGAACAACAGUGAUGCGGCAGCCAAGCUGGGCCCAGAAGGAUGCUUUUAUGACGUCACCGCCGUCAUCCGCCGCGCGAGGACCGAUCGUUGAUUUCUAAUUGAUAAAAGAAGAUCGAUUAGGAUCGAGGUCAAUCGAUCAGUCAACCAAUCAAUCAAUCAAUUAGCAAUACCGGUUCUUGGAUUUGAUUGUUCUGGUUGGGAGUAGAGAGAGAGAGAGAGAGAGAGAGAGUGAGAGAGAGAGAGAGAGAGAGAGUGAGAGAGAGAGAGAGAGAGAGAGAGAGAGAGAGAGAGAGAGAGCAAGAGAGAGAGAGAGAGAGAGAGGUAAAUCGGUGUUUGAAUACACCUUGAUUUCGGCGGAUCGGUCCCUUGACGUAAGUAACCGAUCUAUCCACUGCAAAAAAAAUACAAAAUAUCAAUCAAUUGGGCCACGCUGAGGCCGACGACUUCUAGCCUGUGUGUAUGACGCCAACACAGCAGAGGCGUUGUUCUCCGCGAGAUAAACACUGCUGCCUGUAGGCCGUCAGCAUAACUAUAUAGGCUACGUUCAGGCUGGACGCGUCCCAGAGUCGCCGGUCUCAUCUUGUGUAGAAAAAAACCCCGGGAUGCUGCCGUUUGGAACGCAGCCGGACAUCUAAGACCACCAGACCUUCCCUUCCUGUCCUCGCUCCCUCUCCCUCCUCGCCUGCCCCCUCGUAUCCUCCACCCUAGUUCUGUGAGACAUCUCUCGUCCACUUGAGGAGAGUGCCUAUCAAGACCACCCCCACCUCCACCGUCACCAUGGAGAGCACCAAGCUGCCACCCUCCGGCCCCUCCUCGCCGACCACGGGCUUCUCGGUGCCGUCGGCGGAGAAGGUGGACGGCUUCCCACGGCGGUCCAUGCGGCGGGCCCGCCAACGCCGUUCCCACAGCUCCUCCCAGUUCCGCUACCAGAGCUCCCAGGUGGAGCUCACGCCGCUGCCCCUGCUCAAAGCUCCUGGAGCUCUUUGACAGCGAGGACCCCAGGGAGCGGGAGUACCUGAAGACCAUCCUCCACCGUGUGUACGGAAAGCUCCUGGGCCUCCGCGCCUACAUCCGCAAGCAGAUCAACAACAUCUUCCUCAGGUUCAUUUAUGAAACUGAGCACUUCAAUGGAGUCGCCGAGCUGCUGGAAAUCCUUGGCAGUAUCAUCAAUGGUUUUGCUCUGCCCCUGAAAUCCGAGCACAAGCAGUUCCUGGUCCGUGUUCUCAUCCCACUGCACACGGCAAAGUCCCUCUCCAUCUUCCACGCACAGCUGGCCUACUGUGUGGUGCAGUUCAUGGAGAAAGACGCGACGGUCACUGAAUACAUCAUCCGAGGGCUGUUGAAGUACUGGCCAAAGACCUGCACACAGAAAGAGGUCAUGUUCCUGGGGGAGAUCGAAGAGAUCCUGGACGUGAUCGAACCCUCCCAGUUCAUCAGGGUCCAGGAGCCGCUCUUCAAGCAGAUCGCUGCCUGCAUCUCCAGCCCACACUUCCAGGUGGCAGAGAGGGCCCUGUACUUCUGGAACAACGAGUACAUCCUGAGUCUCAUCGAGGAGAACUGCCAGGUCAUCCUGCCGUUGGUGUUCGCCACGCUCUACAGAGUGUCCAAGGAGCACUGGAACCAGACCAUUGUGUCUCUGAUCUACAACGUGCUGAAGACCUUCAUGGAGAUGAACAGCAAGCUGUUCGAUGACCUCACCGCUUCCUACAAAGUGGAGAAACAGAAGGAGCUGAAGCGGGGCCGUGAGCGGGCGGAGCUGUGGCGCGGCCUGGAGGAGCACGAGGAGCGGCAGGUCCAGAUGGCGGCCGAGGCCACGCGCAACCAGCGGAACCUGCAGGAGCGGGGGGGCCCGGACCGGGGGCCCGAGUCCCCCCAGACCGGCCCCGCCGCCGCCGCCGCCACCGGCCCCCAGACGGCACCGCCCGCCCAGCCCGACCCGGAGCCCCGGGGGGCCCCAGGGGCCGGCGGGGAGAGCGCCACCUAG